CCUGCAAGAGGCGUACAUCGGUGGAGAGCAACAGACGGCGAGACAUGAAGGCUGUGGCCCUACUGGUGUUAGCGACAGCGACGUGCUGGUGUGUCCCGCCGUCGGACGGCGCCAACAUCCUGGCCAUCUUUGCCGCGGAGAGCAGGAGCCACUGGAUCGUGUUCCGGGAGAUGCUGGUCGAGCUGGGCAGGAGGGGCCACCACCUCACCGUCCUGGCGCCCUUCGAGGAGCAGCACGAGAACUGGGAGCUCCUCAAAAUGGCGGACCCCCAAAUGGAUCACAGAAGAAUCAACUUCCUGGUCUUUGAGAAGAUUCCGACCAUACUGCAGCUGAUGUUUCUUUUCUACAUGAGCGUGGGCCAAUGUCGCAAGAUUAUGGAGGACGCGGCAGUGCAGACUUUACUCCAGUCGCAAGACAGGAAGUUCGACCUCAUAAUAUUCGAGACCUUCGUUCAGGACUGCCUCCUCGGUUUCGCGCACAAGUUCAAAGUGCCGGUCGUCGCUGCGUCGCCCAUAGCCGGCGGCAGCUCCUGGAUCAACGACAUGAUCGCCAACCCUUACCCCCUAGCCUACGUGCCCGAAACCGCGCUGCCCUACACCGGAAACAUGAACCUGAUCCAGCGGGCGAACAACGUCCUCACAGCCUCCGUGUACAGAUUCUGCCGCCGCUUCUUUUACCUCCCGUCUAUGGACAAAAUAGCCCGAGAGCACUUCAAAGACCCCACCAUGCCUGCGUUGGCCGACCUGGAGCGUAACACGUCCCUCGUCUUAAGCAUUUCGCACUUCAGCUUCCAUCACGUGAAGCCUAUGCUGUCAAACAUGGUUGAAGUUGCGGGGAUGCACAUCAAACCUCCUAAGAAACUUCCGCAGGAUCUACAAACGUUCAUGGAUUCUGCAAAGGAUGGUGUGAUAUACUUCAGUCUGGGUAGCAACGUAAGAAGCGCGGACCUUCCGGAGGACUACAGGAACAUUUUCUUCAGUGUAUUCUCCAAACUGAAAACGAAGGUCCUCUGGAAGUUUGAAGUGGACUCUUUCCCUAAUAUGCCAGCCAACGUUAAGAUUGGUAAAUGGUUUCCUCAGAGCGAUAUACUAGCUCAUAAAAACUUAAAGUUCUUCAUGACUCAUGGUGGCAUGAUGAGUUUGCAAGAAUCUCUUUAUAAUGGAGUUCCUUUGCUUGGAUUUCCUAUAUUUGGAGACCAAACACCAAAUCUACUCAAAGGACAGGAGAACGGAUAUGCAAUUAUGCUCAAAUUUUCAAACUUGACAGAAGAAUCGUUGGGAUGGGCAGUAAACGAAAUGCUCACAAAUCCAAGCUACAUGGAGAACGCUAAAAAGUACUCCAGAGUGUUCCACGACCGGCCGGAGAAGCCGCUGGACACGGCCGUCAGCGCUGUGGAAUACGUACUGCGGCACGGGGGCGCGCGCCACAUGCGGUCGGCGGCGCUGGACCUGGCGUGGUACCAGUACCUGCUGCUAGAUGUCCUCCUCUUCGUGCUGGCGUGCGCGGCGGCGGCUGCGGCGGCAGCAGUCGUCACAGCGAAGGCCAUCGCGGGGGUUAUUUCCAGGAGUGGCUCAGCUUUCAGCAAGGACAAAGGCUCUAAGAGGGACUAGAAGUUACUGACUGACUGGUGAUUCCAGGACCCAACAGACUUUUACAAGAUGAAGAACGGUUUGCACUCUAGUCUUUUAUUUGCUGCACGGGAUGCCGGCAGUAUGGCUGCAGAGUAAAUGACACUAUAUUUUGGAAUUCUGAUGUGCUACAGGGCGUCCUCGUCUGACUUCAAAUUGUGGCGUGUAGCCUUGAAGGCGGACUGUAGAGUAAUGGGCAGUAUGUAAGUUUUUGCAUUGCUUAUGGGUGUAUGUUAAUCUCAGAGUGUUUUGUAAGAAAAAAGGUAACUGUAAACGUAAUUUAUUUAUUUUAGCUGAAACAGAAACUGCCAUCUGACAAGAAAAAAAACAAGAACAUAGUUAAGUGGUAACAGAAUGUUACAGAAAAACACUGACAAUACAGACUGUCUCCACUACAUCUUCUAUUUCAGCAAGUAAUGACUUCUGUUUACCAUUAAUACUUUAUGCUAUUUUAUACCGACAUUCAUGGAAGGUUCGUGUGUAAUGAUACUUUUGUAUUGCAUAAAUGAGGCUGUGUUACACUUUUUGUGGAAUAUCCAUAUUGUAAAAGCAACAACCAGAAGA